UCAGCGGGUGUCUGAGUCUGCAGGUGAAACUGCUUAGGUACGGAGCUCGGAGUCGGAGCAGGGACACGCCGGGCUGCAGCCUGGGAUGGAAUCCGCCCGCCUCGGAAGCUGCUCUGCCCGCGGCUGCUCGGGCAGCCCGUUCGCUGAGCUCGGAGGAUCCCGUUAGCACUUGCCCAGGGAUGUGCACCUGCCGUGCGCGGCGAGCGCCUGGGCAGGUCUGCAGGUAGCCGAGGGAGCGGUGAAGCAGGAGGAACUGUCUCUACCCAUGUGCAAGGCAGUGAUUCCGGGAGAGAGACAGGGUGAGUGAGUCUCUUUAGAGUUGGAAGGAAGGCACGAUCUUGGUUUUCUCUUCGGUGGAAGGACAGAGGACUCCCCGGGUCGGGUUUGGCACUUUCCUUCCCUCUCCACCCGCGUGCGCCCCGGCCCAGCGUCGAAGCCCCACUUCAAACAUGCUGUGGGUGCCGGGCAACCUUGCUGCUCAGCUGGAAGGCAGCAGGCAAGUGGUCUGACAGCGGCGGCGGCGGCGGCAGCAGCAGCAAAGCGGGGAGCAAGGAAUUUGAAAAGAGACAUCGGCUCCUUUUCACACGCUGAGGGGGAGGCAUUCACGUUUCCCCAAACGAGAAGGAGCCACAAGAAAUCAUGAAGUAAAAACUUUGGAAAGCUGCCACUGGAGAUGUUGCACAAAAUCCUGGAAUCUUUCAGGAGUCUCCUCCCAGUCGGUGGAGGUUUGGGGAGCAGCUGAUACAGCAAGGAGGGCUCUUGCAAGGAUUCAAGCUAUAGGUCUGAGGGCCCCAGCUUCUUACUGGCUGUCAACUGGAGGCUGCCCUCAGGUCCCCGACCCAUGGCCCUGAAGAGGCGGUUCACGACAUGGCUGUUUGCUUCUUCAAGGCCCCAGGAGAAUCUCUGUCUCCAGUCUGUUCCAGGAGCCCUGGUGGAGCGGCACAGAGCGGGAGAGUGUGGCGAGAGAAUGAAGACACCAACCGCCUGGGAGAAGCAUGAGGUGGCAGUGCGGCACUCGGUUUAGAGGGCUUCGGCCGGAGGCGGCGGCCCCAUGGGCAGCUCUGCUGGCACUGGCCCUCCCCGGUUGGGUGCUGGCUGUCUCGGCCACGGCGGCCGCUUUGGUCCCCGAGCAUCAUGCCUCCGCGGCCGGCCAGCCGCCCCUGGACUGGCUGCUCACAGAUCGGGGCCCGUUUCACCGCGCGCAGGAGUACACCGACUUCGUGGAGCGCUACCGCCAGGGUUUUACCACCAGAUACAGGAUCUACAGGGAGUUUGCGCGUUGGAAAGUGAACAACCUGGCUCUAGAAAGGAAGGACUUCUUUAGUUUGCCAUUGCCUCUUGCCCCAGAGUUUAUCCGGAACAUCCGCCUCCUCGGAAGGAGACCCAACCUGCAACAGGUCACUGAAAACCUGAUCAAAAAGUACGGCACUCACUUCUUACUUUCUGCCACCCUUGGAGGAGAAGAGUCCCUGACCAUUUUUGUGGACAAGCGGAAACUGAGCCGAAAGUCAGAGGUGGCAGGAAUUGCCCCUAUAGUCGGGGGCGGUGGGAACAGCUCUGCUGUGUCCCUGGAGACCCUGCACCAGCUGGCAGCCUCCUACUUCAUCGACAGAGAGAGCACGCUGCGACGGCUGCACCAUAUCCAGAUAGCCGCCGGGGCCAUCAAGGUCACGGAGACCAGGACCGGUCCCCUGGGCUGCAGCAACUACGACAACCUAGACUCGGUCAGCUCUGUCCUGGUACAGAGUCCGGAGAACAAAGUGCAGUUACUCGGCCUGCAGGUGCUGCUGCCCGAGUACCUGCGGGAGCGCUUCGUGACCGCUGCGCUCAGCUACAUCACAUGCAGCUCUGAGGGCGAGCUCAUCUGCAAGGAGAAUGACUGUUGGUGCAAGUGCAGCCCCACCUUCCCAGAAUGCAACUGUCCUGACGCUGACAUCCAGGCCAUGGAGGACAGCCUGCUGCAGAUCCAGGACUCCUGGGUGACUCACAACCAGCAGUUUGAGGAGUCAGAGGAAUUCCAGGCCCUGCUGAAGCGGCUGCCGGACGACAGGUUCCUGAACUCCACAGCCAUCUCCCAGUUCUGGGCCAUGGACACCAGCCUCCAGCACCGCUACCAGCACCUGGGAGCCAGCUUGAAAGUGCUGUUCAAGAAGACCCAUCGGAUCGUCCGCCGGCUCUUCAACCUCUGCAAGCGCUGCCACCGGCAGCCCCGCUUCCGCCUGCCCAAGGAGAGGUCUUUGUCCUACUGGUGGAACCGUAUCCAGUCCCUCCUCUACUGUGGAGAGAGCACCUUCCCUGGCACCUUCCUGGAACAGAGCCACAGCUGCACCUGCCCCUACGACCAGUCUUCCUGCCAGGGCCCCAUCCCUUGUGCCUUGGGCGAAGGGCCCGCCUGUGCCCACUGUGCCCCAGACAACAGCACACGCUGUGGCAGCUGCAACCCAGGCUACGUGCUCGCCCAGGGCUUGUGCCGCCCCGAGGUGGCCGAGUCGCUGGAGAACUUUCUGGGGCUGGAGACAGACCUGCAGGACCUGGAGCUGAAGUACCUGCUGCAGAAGUGGGACAGCCGCAUCGAGGUGCACUCCAUCUUCAUCAGCAAUGACAUGCGCCUGGGCAGCUGGUUCGACCCUUCCUGGAGGAAACGCAUGCUGCUCACCCUGAAGAGCAACAAGUACAAGCCCGGGCUGGUGCACGUGAUGCUGGCCCUGUCCCUGCAGAUCUGCCUCACCAAGAACAGCACCCUGGAGCCUGUCAUGGCCAUCUAUGUCAACCCCUUUGGGGGCAGCCACUCUGAGAGCUGGUUCAUGCCCGUGAACGAGGGCAGUUUCCCAGACUGGGAAAGGACUAAUGUGGAUGCCGCUGCCCAGUGCCAAAACUGGACUAUUACCUUGGGCAAUAGGUGGAAGACCUUCUUUGAGACAGUCCAUGUUUACCUACGGAGCCGAAUCAAGUCCCUGGAUGAUAGCUCCAACGAGACAAUCUACUACGAGCCUCUGGAGAUGACUGAUCCUUCCAAGAACUUGGGCUACAUGAAAAUCAACACCUUGCAGGUCUUUGGCUACAGCCUGCCCUUUGACCCGGAUGCCAUCCGGGACUUAAUUCUCCAGUUAGACUACCCAUAUACUCAAGGUUCCCAGGACUCUGCCCUCUUGCAGCUCAUCGAGCUUAGGGACCGGGUCAACCAGCUUUCUCCACCUGGCAAGGUGCGCCUUGACCUUUUCUCCUGCUUGCUCCGGCACCGGCUCAAGCUGGCCAACAAUGAGGUGGGCAGGAUCCAGUCCUCUCUGAGGGCUUUCAACUCCAAGCUGCCAAACCCUGUGGAGUAUGAGACAGGCAAACUCUGUAGCUAAUGGGGGACCCACUCCAGCGCCGGGCAGGGAGGGGAUCCAUGAAUCCGGGGUGCAAAGAUCUAAGCCCUCACCUUAGUGGUAACGGGAUGUUCCCUUAAGACUGUCUGCACCCAGCAGAUGGGACUCGGGGCUUGAACUGAAGCAGGCAGGAGAGAAAGAAACAGCCGCUGCACACGUGCACACACCACGCGUGUGCGCACACACGCGCGCACACACACACACUCACAAGGGGAGGCGAGCACUCGGCAGCCUGGGAUCUGUAAAGUCGGUGCUUUCUCACAUGAAUGCAGUUGAAGGAGAGGGAGCCAAGGGAGAGCUUCAGAAAAGGAACCAGCUCAACCAUGCAACACACAAAUUCUUAAAAGUGAUUCUUAGCAUUCAAGAAAGCAAGAGGCAACAACAAUGGGAGGGGUGGGAGCACCGCCUCCCCCUCUGUGCAGUCACUUUUGUAUUCUUUUUAGCCAGAUUUCUUAAAUGGCGUUGUUUCAUGAUCCCCCACAGUGGUUCUUACUUUUUGUUCGCUGCCUCCUCUGAGCCCUCCAGACACGGACCGCUCCUCAGGCCGGCUCCGUUGAGGAAACGGGAGGUGACGCCCACGGAGGACCCCCUCAGGGCAGCAAGGCAGCCCUGCUGCCCUCCCUGUCCCUCGGCCCCCUCGCUUCCUUGGCCUCUUCGGUGUCAGGGCCUGGCUGGCUCCACGUUCCCCUCGUGGUCCAGCCAGAGCUCCUCUCCCAGCAGCAUCUGUUCUGUCCAAGAAAGCAGCUCUGUCAAGUUACAGACAAUGUAUAGGGAAAUGUUCUUUUUUAAAAAAAAAAAAAAAAAAAAAAAAUUUAUUUUGUGAUUGUUUUUCUUGUCAAUCUGCUCCAGCCAC